CCCUAUAUCCAGACAGAGGGCGGAAAUGUCCCCAGCCAGCCCGAGCUGCAGUAACCGGGAGCAGCCGCUGGGUGUGACAGUGAGAUCGCGGCCGCUCUAUGUCGGACCGGGGACCAUGUGGCUGCUGAAGAACCUCUUGCUGCCGCUGCUGAAGGUGUAUUAUAUCGGGGUUAAGGUGGUGCUGGAGCAGCUGUUCGGCCGAGCCUUCGCCGUACCAGCUCUCCCAUUGCAGCAUGGUAAAGUUGCAAUAGUCACUGGAGGCGCGAAAGGAAUAGGAUAUUGCACUGCAAUGCACUUAUCACAAUUGGGAAUGCAUGUGAUACUAGCUGGCAACAAGGAAACUGAAGGUAUUGACGCAGCCAAAAAAAUACAAGAGCGCACGCAGAAUAAUAAAGUGGAAUUUUUAUACUGUGAUUUGACCUCCAUGAAGUCCAUACGAAAAUUUGUUCAAAAUUUCAAGGCAAAGAAUCUUAAACUACACAUCUUAGUGAAUAAUGCUGGUGUAAUGCUGGUAAAUGAAAAAAAAACGCAAGAUGGAUUUGAAGAACAUUUUGGUUUGAAUUAUCUUGGGCAUUUCCUACUGACUAAUCUCCUGAUGACAUUUCUGAAGAAGUCAGGAACCCAUGACAGUAAUGCUCGUGUUAUCACAGUUUCAUCAGCCACUCACUAUGUUGGAGAGCUGAACUUUGAAGAUCUUCAAAGCAGCCAUUGCUACUCAUCCCAUGGUGCCUAUGCCCAGAGUAAACUUGCCUUGGUAUUAUUCACUUAUCAUUUACAACAUUGGCUGAUUGCAGAAGGUAGUCAUGUAACUGCUAAUGUGGUGGAUCCUGGCGUUGUGAACACCGAUCUCUACAUGAAUAUCUGCUGGGCAGGAAAAAUAGUGAAAUCGAUGAUUGCCUGGCUAUGUUUCAAGACUCCAGAAGAAGGUGCUGCUACAUCAGUCUAUGCUUCAGUAUCACCUGAACUUGAAGGAGUUGGGGGUUGCUAUCUCUACAAUGGUCAAAAAACGAAAUCUGCAGACAAGUCCUACAAUGAAGAUUUGCAGAGAAAGCUGUGGAUAGAAAGCUGUAAAUUGACUGGGAUACCUGUUUCAGUGUAACAUUGAUCAUUCCAAAUGUCAAUAAUGCUAACCUUACCUCCUUUGCAGAAAUAUGUUCUAUAUCUUUAUCACAGUGGAAACUACGAGAAAUGAGAAAGUAUUAGUUGAAAGAUUAUUUGACGAAAGUAGUAUCAGUUUAAUUGUUAAAUAAAAUAAGAAUAUUUUUCAUUAAA